AUGAACAUUUUAUGGAAAAUAUUAUUAAGCUAUUUAUUAGGUCAUAUCAAUUUUAAUAUUUUUUGUAUAGCUACAACUCUUGAUUAUGAAUGUGAAAAUUCCACAUCACUUGUAGAAAGAAUUGUUAUUGGAUUAAAUAAACAUAAUUAUGGAAAUGAUGAAACUAAAUUUUGGUCUAAAACAUUUAAUGACGGUUCAAACCAAAAAUUUGAUCAUUCAGUUGAUCUACCUGAUGGUGCCAAAUUUGUUAUAAAAAAUAUAGAUAUUAUUGGAAUACCAUUAAAAAAUGUUUAUGUAGAUAAAGAUGAUACAAUACACGAUAUACAUAGUUCAUUUAGAUAUUAUUUAUGUCCUAUUUCUUCAAUUAAAAAAAAUUGGUUUUAUUUUAAUAAUUACAAAAAAGAUCAACCAAUUAUAAAUUUAGAUGGAACAAACAGAUGCUCAGUUGGACAUUGUGAAAUGGGACUUUUAUUAUAUUAUAGUAAUGGAGAUGCAAAUGUACUUAAAGGUGGAGGAACAGCUAAUAGAGGUUUAUACGUUGAAUUUGAAGGUGGUAGUAUAUAUCCAUUACUAUUUAAACAAGCAAAAUCUAAUGAUAAAAAUAUGGCAUUAGUUGCAUGCCCAUACAUUAAUUGGAUGUCUAAGUAUGGCAUUUCAAAAUAUCAACCUGCUGAAUAUAUUAAAAACUUUUUUCCAAUAAUACCUCAAGAUGACUUUGAUAGACACAGAUUUAUCCCAACAUUCAAGUAUAGUAGCAAAAAACUACCCGGAAAAAAAAAUGCUAAUGAUAGAGAUGUAAAGGUUUUCAUAUGUGGCACUAUUAAACAAUCGAAAUUUCCUGAUGUUGAAGUUGGUUUUGAUCUUGAAAAAGCUAAUGAACAAAAAAGUUUUCCUAUAACUUUUGAUGGUACAAAUGUUUUAUGUGAUUCAAAAGACAUUAAGGAUGAUUAUGUAUUUGGAUAUAUUCCUUCUGACAAAAUUGUUUUAGGCACAAGCGAAGAAAUAUCUUAUUUUUCUUCUGAAAACAAAUUUUAUUCUGGACAGUAUUUACUUGUUUAUAACAAAAAUGAAAUAAUAGAAAGAAGGAAAGAGUUGAAAAGAAUGGACAAUGGUAAUACGCCUAAUAAUGAGUACGAUUCUCAUUCUUGGGAUUAUGGUGAAAAAUUUUAUUUUAAUCCCAAAUGUAUUGGAGAAGUUGAAAAUAUUGUUGCAACACUGAAAUUAAAAGUUGGAGAUAAUGUUGUAGAUGGAGUUUUAAAUCAAGAUAGUAAUAUUAUUUCACAUGAAAUUAAUGAAAUUAUUGGAACAACAACUCUUGGAUGUCAUCCAUUUAUGAAUCAAGUUUAUGAUGAUAGAUUUUCAGACUUUUAUAGUAAAAGAUUUAAAACAUUUAUUCAAAGAAUUGAAGAUGAAAAUGGUAAAGCUGUAGAAGAACCAAAAAAAGAAACCAUUGAAAUUUUUGAUGGAUCUAAAACAAUUUUUGGAAAAUACAAAUGUACUAUUGAAGAAGGAAUUACGUUUGGUAAAAUUAAAUCAUCUGAGUUUAUUAUUACCUCAAAAUAUGGAGAAAAUGCUAAAAAUACAAUAAAUGCUUUGAAAACAGAUAAAGAUGUAAUAAAAUGUCUAAAUAAAAAUGAAAGAGAUGCUCCUCUUUUUGAAAUGAUUGUAGUUAUUAAAACAGAUAAAACAUACAAAUACAUUAAGAAAAAUAACAUUAAUGAAGAUUUCAAACUCACACAUGAAUAUGUAAUUUUAAAACUUAAAGAUAAUGAAGUGAUGAUUGAUAAUACUAAAUUUGAAUGCAUUUAUAAAAAAGAUGGUGUAAUAAGUUCUAGAAAAGUUGUAACGAUCAACGUUAAAAGCGAUGUAGAAAAAGUUAAAGGAUCAAAUUCUUCUACAUUAAUAAUAUGCGGUAUAGGAGCAGUUGUUGUCCUUCUUCUUGUAAUUAUUGUCAUUGUUAUUGUUGUUAAAAUUAAGCAAAAACAAAAAGCUAAUUUAUUAGCUAAAGUAUCAGAUGGUAUUUCAACUUCGCCGAUGCCUAAAAAAAAGUUAAAUGUUUCAAAAAAUAAAAGUAAAAGUAAAAGUUCUAAAACAUCUAGUAGUUAUAGCACUUCAAAAUCUAUCUCAAACUCAACCUCAAAAUCUAAUUCAAAAUCUGCUUCAAAGUCUACUUCAAAAUCAACACAUAAUUCUAAAACAAAAUAA